AAUAAACACACCACCAACACAAACAUCCAACUGUCCAACAUUCUGAGCCCAGUCAGAGUGAACGAAAACACACAAAUAAAUAUUAAAAAUAUAAAUUGUAACUGGAUUAUAAUUUAUUCAUUUGUUAAAUAAAUAAAAGGCUAAUGAAAAAAAAAAUUAAUUAUUCAUUUUCAUUGUUUUUUUAUCAUUGAAAAUUAAUUAUAUUAAUUCCUGAUUAUUGACAUAUAUAAUAACCAAUAAUCAUCAAAUUCACCUCGAUAUGCAGAGAAUUUUUAUAAUAUUUUUAUCGGUUAAUGUUGUUGGUACUUUUGCUGCUUACGAACAACUUUUGCACUAUGUAAAUGAAAAUGUCCAGGGUGGUUCAUACAAAUACUACAAUUUGAUGUAUGAAGGAAUAAUAAAAGUAGCAUUAAUAUCCCAAAAAGGUGACACAGAUUUGUACGUAUCACAAACAACAACAAAGCCAACAUACGAGCCAAAUAAUUAUUGUCUUCAAUCAACAACUUGUGGUGACGAUGUCAUUUUAAUACCAAAAAAUUUUAAACGUCCAAUUAGCAUGGGUGUUUAUGGACAUCCAUCACAUGAAACAAGUGAAUUUAGUCUGUUAAUUUAUCACAUAGCACUUGCUGAAAACGAAAUUUUUGAUGAACAAAAAUCAGCUGAUAUUAUUGAAAAUAUUGCACCAAAAAUAAACAACAAAAAAUCAUAUGUUCUCACAUUAUUGUGGUUUAUUCUUGAUUUUUUUAAUCAAGUAUUUUAA